AUGGCAGGAAUCUUAGCCUGGUUCUGGAACGAGAGGUUUUGGCUCCCUCACAAUGUCACCUGGGCGGACCUGAAGAACACGGAGGAAGCCACCUUCCCGCAGGCUGAGGACCUCUAUCUCGCCUUCCCCUUGGCCUUCUGCAUGUUAAUGGUACGGCUCAUCUUCGAGAGAUUUGUAGCCAAACCAUGUGCCAUAGCCCUCAACAUUCAAGCCAAUGGACCACAAAUUGCUCAGCCAAAUGCCAUUCUGGAAAAGGUUUUUACUGCAAUUGCAAAGCAUCCUGAUGAAAAGAGAUUGGAGGGCCUCUCCAAGCAGCUGGACUGGGACGUUCGCAGCAUUCAACGCUGGUUCCGACAAAGACGCAACCAGGAGAAGCCAAGCACACUGAAGAGGUUCUGUGAGAGCAUGUGGAAAUUUUCAUUUGGCCUUUAUAUAUUUACCUAUGGAGUCCGGUUCCUGAAAAAGACCCCCUGGCUGUGGAAUACAAGGCACUGCUGGUACAACUACCCCUAUCAGCCACUCACGCCUGACCUUCACUACUAUUAUAUCCUGGAGCUGUCAUUUUAUUGGUCUUUAAUGUUUUCCCAGUUCACUGAUAUCAAAAGAAAGGACUUUGGCGUUAUGUUCCUGCAUCACCUUGUAUCUAUUUUUUUGAUUACCUUUUCAUAUGUCAACAACAUGGCCCGAGUAGGAACCCUAGUCCUCUGUCUCCAUGAUUCAACCGACGCUUUUCUAGAGGCUGCCAAAAUGGCAAAUUAUGCCAAGUUUCAGAAAAUUUGUGAUCUCCUGUUUGUUACGUUUGCCAUGGUUUUUAUCACCACACGACUGGGUAUAUUUCCUCUCUGGGUGUUAAAUACCACAUUAUUUGAAAGUUGGGAGAUUGUUGGACCUUACCCUUCCUGGUGGGUUUUUAACCUACUGCUGUUGGUAAUACAAGGCUUGAACUGCUUCUGGUCUUACUUGAUCGUAAAAAUAGCUUGCAAAGCUAUUUCAAAAGGCAAGGUGUCCAAGGAUGAUCGAAGUGAUAUUGAGUCUAGCUCAGAUGAGGAGGACUCGGAACCUCCAGGGAGUAACCCUCAUGCUGCGACCGCCACCAAUGGGACCAGUGGUACCAACGGGUAUCUCCUCACUGGCCCUUGCUCCAUGGAUGAUUAAUUACUCAAAACUACAAGUCCCAAAUAAAGUGAACUGUUUGUUCCUGGAAGUAUUUAAUAAGUUGCAAAUGCAGUUCCUUUCAUAAUCUCUCAGCACC